CUGUUAAGCACUUUGUGACUAAUGUCUGUGAAAAGCACUUUAUAAAUAAAUCUUACUUACUUACUAAUGACUAAAGGAUAUUCUAACAUCUUUAGGAAGUUGGAAUGACUGAUUUUAUUUUUGUUGUGGGGUCACUUGGGGGGCAACAGAAACAAUGUGUCAAUACAACAUUGACAUAUGAUCAGCUUUAAGUUGAUAUGGGUGUGUUUGUGUCCACCUGGUAAUAUUCUCUCUCUCAGCUCUGUUUUUGGUCUCUACUAACUGCGUAGGUGCUAAAUCUUUAACUGCUAAAUGAUCCGCUUUGUUCACAAUUAAUAAACAAUUGUCUGUUUGCCGUUGGUGCUGAGCCGAGCCAAACAACACUGUGAGAGUGAACCAAAACAGUUGACUCUCACUCCCUUUUGAAAUGAAUACAAUAAUGAUUACAAAUGUCCCUAACAUACAAAACAUGAUAGAAGAUAAGAUAACACUUUUGAUUUCCCUCACACCUGCCACCUACAAUGCAUUUUUCUCUGUGACUUGCAGUUAUGUGUUAUUUCCAUGUUCAGUAGCAGAGCCAUGCCAUUGGUAGCUGGGAAGGAUGGUUGCUAAGGGUGAUGAUGCUGUUGCUAGUGCUUCUGACUAAUUCUGGAUGCUGAUUGGCUGAUCAGUUACAGUUUCCAGCCACAAGCUGAGUAGACAAGGUGGGACUGCCCAUCCAGACAUGUGUAUUGUAUGUAAACACACAAAACAAUCUCAGACAAACACACUCAAACACAUGCAGGCGCACAAAUAAAAAAACAUUCAAAACAAUACCUGCAGCAUAUUCAGACACAGAUGACAUAAUAGAUUUUUUUUUCUAGCUGUUGGAGGGGUGAUCUGCUGCCAGUCAUCUCGGUUUUUGCUGUCAAAACAAACAGAUGGUGGAGAGGGUGAUAGUGUGAAACAGCGAGAGAUGCUGCUGUGCUCUGCUGGAUGACUCAUCACUCUGUCACUGUGACCUUUAUCUGCUACCCUCUCCACCUCUGUUGUCCCGUCUCCUCCAUUCAUUUUCAUUUUCUGCACAUGUUUAACUUCAUUUCCUGCUGACUGUGUUCGUCUCCUCACUUGCUCCUCCACCAAGCCUCUUCUCUGCAACGCGUAUGAGCUCUUCCUGACGUCAUUCCAACCUUUUCCUCGCUUUUCCGUCCUCCCUUGCGUCCUCCGCUCCUGUCACCAUCAUUUCUGUGGGGUCGGGUGUUGCCGUCCUCAACGAGGCUCCGGUAUGCUGGCUCUGACACGGUGCUGCCACAAGUCCCUGUCAAGUAAGACACACACCACCGACAGAAUGGCAACAGACUGGGGCUCAUAUACAUUAGCUGUUGAUUUGAUUGAACUGACUAGACAGGCUGCACUUAACUGCUGCUUGCAGUGUGGGAAGAAAACACUUGCUAGGGGAGAUUUGCACGUCAUUCAAUUAAUGUUUCAAAGCAUGCUGCUGAGCCUCAUUGUAAAGGAGAUCUCUUCAUAUGGCAAACAUAUUCAGCUGUGCAUACUCUUGCAGUAUAGAUAUCAUUAAUAUACUCCCAACUUUCCUCCCUAAGCUAAGCCACACCUCCAGACCAGUUGGGUCAUUGAUUUUCUUCUCUCUUGUUUUCGAAGGCUGUGAGAACAACAUAAAGUGAAACCACAUCCAGAAUCAAUAAUAGAGUACUCUACUCCAAAGGUGAGGACAUAUCUCAUCAUGAAAGCAGUGAUCCUCAUCAGCCUGGCUGCUCUCAACAGGCAGGUAGGCAACUUCCAAGGUCAAUCUCUAAAUAUAGAGGGACCCCAGAGGGAGACAUGCAGGGAGAGAGAUAAGUGAGGGGAGAAAAUGAAGAAGGAUGAAGGGACAAAAAAAAGCUGAUGUGGUAAUUAAGUUUCUUGGCUCAUUGUCAUAGAGGAGAAUGCCUGUUGCGGAGUGCUAUUUAGAUGCCUACACGCAAAAAUGAAUUAGGAAUAAAAUCAGGAUUUCCUUGUGUUCACAGGGAAAUGGAAGGUAAACAGUUUCUUGUCUUGGAGCUAUAAAGAAACAUGGAGUCAGUAUGACUUUGUCUAAAUGUGUGUGUCAGUGUGUGCACAUGUUCUAGUAGUGACUGCAUGCACAUGCCAAUACAGUAUGCUAUUACAUCUGUAUGUGAGUGUGUUGUGAGUGAGUGAUCACCUGCUGCAGCACCAGCAGAGGUCAUCCAGGACAGAGCCCCUCCCCUGCAGUCUGCUGUCAUAAGUUGGAUCAGCGCCCUCCUCUCUCCUUCACUCCGUCUGUUACUCACGCUCAUCAUCCCUCUCUCGCUUCCACACAUUCUGCUGCAUAGAAAAGGGUGGAGAUUUUUAGGCGUGCAGGUGUGCUGACUCACAUACUGACACACAAAUAUGCUGAUCAUCUCACAACAUAUCUCAACUGAGCUAUUUGUGUGGGAUUGCAGUGACGGAUCAAAAACUCAUUUAUUCUCUGAGUAGAAUAAUUGUAUUAAUUGUGCUUAUAUCUUGGGAACAAGGGGUUCUAUGCACAUUGUGUGUAGAGUGGGAACUCCCUGCACGUUCAUGUUGUCCUCACUAUUUCAUACACAUUUCUGAAAUGUUGGGGUGCCCCGUUAGCCAUGGGCCCCUGUCCAGCCACAGCAAUGCACCAGCUGGCACAAGAGAACACGGUCACAAAUUGCUCGAUGAAAGAAAAAAUAUGUAUUUUUUAAACAAUGAAAAAGUGCUCAGAUGUGAUUACAGGCAGUCAUGUGGGGUUGUUAGUUGAAAAGCAUCCUUAAGUUUCUUUAUGAGGUUCCAUGUGGUCUGCUCGGCUGAAUACAAAACAGAAUCAAUGGUUCCUUCUGCUGAGACUUGGCACAACCUGAAGGUGAGAGGGAACUGGAAACAGAAUUGAGGAUUUAAAAUGGUUGGAGAAUUAACAGCCCUCAAAACUCUAGAUCAACUGCACAAGAAAUAUGAAACUAUCAGUUGCCUACUUUAUUCUAUAGAUCAGAGGUUUUCAAACACUAAGGGUCCUCCUCAGACAAAAUCAAGACAGCUCUGCGCGAACACUCAAAUUCAUAUUUAAAUUUAUAUAUUUAUGGAAUCCGUCGCUCCUCCUUAUUUUUUGUCUUGCAGUUGGCAAACCGGAAGCAUAUUGUUAUGGAUUCAGUGAGUUCUUAUGUGGGCUACAACUAAAAAAUGUUUACGUUAUGGCAGCAUUGAAAUAUGCUUCAUUAACCAUUAGCCUUUCCUGUUUGGCUGUACAGUAUUCUAUAACUGGAUUACUUUUAUACCAAAGAAAAGGUGUAAAUGUUAUGAUUCUCAGGCAAGUUCUGGAGGUGUUAGGAGCGGCAUUUUUCUAUGACCUAUCAGUGUAACAGUUUUAUGAGCAAUGGAUUUCGGGGCAUAAAGGAAAGUGUAGGGCACUCUGAAUCUAAUUAUAAAUUUGUUUCCGAUUAUGAGAUUUUUUUAACACAAAUUGUGGCUAUCAGGCUUUAGGGGUUCUUUUUUCUGGCUAAUUACAGAUCUCCCUGGACUAACAUCUCUCUUAAACAUAUCAAACAUAUUGUCUCUGCACUAUCUGCAAAACAUUCAUUGCCAGUGUUAUUCUAUUGUUUUCUUGUCUGUUUUUUCCCCCUAGCUGGCAGCUAAAGGUUUGGGUAUGAUAAGGUUAGAUUGUGCCUCAGAUGGUUAAGGGAUCAUUCAUUUAUGGUUGGGUAUGGCUACUAAAACAAGUUGGUUAAAGAAAAGAGUUAUGAGCACUGAAUUCUAACAUGAAACGUUGCCAGUGUAUGCAAUUUCAAGGUAGUCACAAGAAUAAAAUGAAACAUAAAUCAUCAGAGAAUGACUCGCCUUUCCCCCAACCCCAACUAACUCGAUCCCAUAUCUCAUACUCUCUGUGCCCUCUUCCCCAUCCUGCUAAUAAAACUGUAUUCUAGAUAAUUGCUGUGAAUGUGGUGGCAGAUAAAGAAUCAUUACUCUUCUGAUACCCAGCAUUGGAUAUUGGUGGCUGGGCUCUUAGAUGCCCUCCAUUUAGAAUUGUGCCCUCUCAUUUACAGUCAUGGACGAUGAGGAUUUAAGAGUUCCAUCAGUGAGCGUGCUUAUGUAAAAGGGUCAAUAGCUCAUUGAGACCUUCAGCCAUCAGCUCUGUGCAGAGUGGGCUACUGCUGCAGUCCCUCUGGGGUUGGGUCAUCAUCUUAAUCAGUAUUUUGACACUUUCAUUGGAGAAGAAUUGCAUAACAUGUUCGACCUGUCCUUGGACAAUAGAAAUGGCAGAACAAGGAGAAUACAUGGGGGAGGACAUGUGGAAUUCCUCAUGUAUUCUUUAGGUAGUUGCGUCUCCUUUUUCCUUUCAUGUGCGUGUGAUUCCCGCGCUCUACCUGAAGACAUAUCACAUGACCCACUUUCAAGCAGUGGAGGAAAAAAGGGCAGGAAGACUGUCUGCAGGGAAACUCCUCUGAACUAGUUAUUUGACUGUGUAGCCAAUUGGUGUACUUGACAUUAAUUUCGUCUACUUACAUGAUUGCAAUAACAGCUGUUAGCAUUAGUCCUCUGUUUGUGUGAGUGUGUGCCUGUAUGUGCUUAACGGGUCUGUGCAAUAAUUAGUUACAGUACACAUGACAAACUACUGGAGCCUGCCUUUGUAUUCUUUUAUUUUACAUUAAUUACCUCACUGGGACCACACACCCAUAGAGUUCAACUUGUGGGUUCUACCAUCAUGAGCCCAUACUGUAAUAUUCUUCAAACUAAAGUAACAAAGUACACAGACAAACAUGUAUACAAAUAGAUUAUCCUUAAACAGACACAGAGGCAUGCCAGCAGCCAUUCAGACUGAUGUGGCAAGUGCUCAAACCAUGAGCUAUAUGAAAAUAAUGAUAAAAUGACUCGGUUACGAGUAGUUCAGGCAGGAACUUUGGUGUUCUGCUCAAACAGGACAUGCACAGGUAGCUGCUGGCUCAUUAUCCCUCAUUCCCUUAAUUCAUUGCUCUCAUUUCAGUUCAGAGGAAGACUUUCCACAUCUGCAUGUCUCUUUUCAAAUGUUUUCCUGACUGAAAUAAAACAUUUUACAUUUCGUAUUCUUUCUAUUCAUUUUCUUUCUAUCUUCGGGCUAGACCAAAUUUGCUGUGUGGACAUGUUUCUUUGAAAACCGUUACCACCCUGUGGUGGGCGAUGCUUCCCCUUUAAUGUGUAGCAGAGAGGACAAGAGUGUCGGGGAGCGCAGAGCGAUGGGGCGAGGCGCGCGUGAAGAUCUUAGUAUGCUCCGCGAUGCCCGGCUGCAGCCCACGCAUCUCAACUAUGGUGAAUUAUGGUGAAAUAUGAGAGACAUGGGAAGAGGCGGCAGCUCAAAAACAGUUGGUCGUGAUGAGGUGACACAUCCGCUGGACACAUUAGUCAAAUAAGGGAAGAAGGACAGCUAUGAAGGAAUGGACUCACGAACCCAAGGCACCUUUUAAGAGGAGACAAACUGGAUAAAAAUACAUGCGUCUGCGCACCAAGAGAACCAGGGUGAAUUCCUGCAUGCCAUUAUCUGAAAUAUAUGCUGUAGUCCGACAGAUAACGCUAUGCUGCUUUGUUUAGUGCAUGGAGUCUAUUGUGGCUGUCCAUGAUCCACACAGGAGAGGGUUGCAAAUGGCUUGAGCAUGUCUAGCACCUGCACUCCAAACUAACUCACUCGCGCUUGCCAGUCCACUACAACACUGUCGUGUAAUGUUUGAAAACCCCAGUGCAUGAACCGGGCUGCUUUGUCUCCAAAUUAGGGGGAAAAAAUAGGUUUGCAUCUAUGAAAAACGCCCUCAGAGGACUGCGUUUUUCCAUGGAAAGGGUUGCGAAAUUAAGCCUCCAUUUGUUACUAAUUUGCAUCAUUGGUGUAUUGAUAUGGUUAUUCCCCAUCAGAAAAAAAGAGGGUGAAGAUAAAGUAAACGAAUUAACAUUUUAACGAGCUAAAACAAAGAUGGAAAACCCUUCAGGAGGAAGACGGACCUGUUUGGAGAUCAAACAGGUGAUUUCGCUUUAGAUGAGAUCUGCCAUUGGUGCCACCGAGUAGAAAUACUGACAACAACGCCUCCCGCAAACCUCCCUUCCCCAAUAAGUCUCUGCAGAUAUCGCAGGAUUACAUUUGUUGUUGCAGGCGGCAGCGUAUUGUUCUGAAGAGGGGGCGUGAUAUUUUGCUGAUGCCAAACAUUUUUUAGAUUUGCUCACUUUAUUCCCAAACCACAACCCCACCCCACCAGCUUCAACCUGUAGCCUUAGCUGCAUCACAACAUGUAACUUAUCUGCUGGUCACUGAGGCGACCUCACGCCUUGUCCCAUCUCCCACUUCUGCGCCGAUGCAGAGCCAGAGCUUUGGGCGAUAUAUGGCUGGCAGAGAGGAGCUGCUCUGACCGCGGGGGGCUGACUUUUGACCGAACACUUCUGCUGGGCGCAUUACCACCAGAGGACACAUUGUAAACAAGCAUUACAAGCGUCAGUGCACAUAGUUUUUCUCUGCUUUCUUUCCUGUAGCUCUUCGCAGACGGAUCUUCCUGUACCCGAACCUGCGAGUGUGUGGUGCCUUUAUCUCCUCGUGGCCCGCCGUGGCCACACCCUGUCUGAAACCUGCAGGUCCCAUCUUCCUCCAGCAUGACGGUUGCUACCAGCGACCCUGCGGACGAGGCCGCAGCACAUCCGGGUCAGCCUCAUGACCUGUAUGACCCAGAGCUGGAUCACGAAUGUUGCGAGAGGGUCGUCAUCAACAUCUCAGGCUUGCGCUUUGAGACACAGCUCAAAACCCUCUCCCAGUUUCCAGAGACGCUGCUGGGGGAUCCCAAGAAAAGGAUGAGGUAUUUUGAUCCUCUCCGGAACGAGUACUUUUUUGAUCGCAAUCGACCGAGUUUUGAUGCCAUUCUGUAUUAUUACCAAUCUGGAGGGAGGCUGCGACGGCCUGUUAACGUGACCCUGGACAUUUUUUCUGAGGAGAUCCGGUUUUAUGAAUUGGGUGAGGAGGCUAUGGAAAUCUUCAGGGAGGAUGAAGGUUUCAUAAAGGAAGAGGAGCGGCCUCUGCCAGAGAAUGAGUUUCAGAGACAAGUGUGGUUGCUGUUUGAGUAUCCAGAGAGCUCAGGUCCUGCGCGCAUCAUUGCCAUCAUCUCUGUCAUGGUGAUUCUUAUUUCUAUUGUCAGCUUCUGCCUGGAGACAUUGCCAGUUUUCCGAAAUGAUGAUGAGGAGAUGUACAAUUAUCCAUUACAGUCCAUGUCCAACGCCACCUCUACCUAUGACAGCUCAGCUUAUUAUAAGGAUCCUUUCUUCAUCGUGGAGACCCUCUGUAUCAUCUGGUUCUCUUUUGAGUUCCUAGUUAGGUUCUUUGCCUGUCCCAGUAAAGCUGGUUUUUUUGGCAACAUCAUGAACAUCAUUGAUAUUGUGGCAAUUAUCCCCUACUUUAUCACCCUGGGUACAGAGCUAGCAGAGAAGCCAGAGGACGGCCAGGCAGGCCAGCAGGCUAUGUCUUUGGCUAUUCUCCGUGUCAUUCGUCUAGUCAGGGUGUUUCGUAUCUUUAAACUCUCCCGUCACUCCAAGGGGCUGCAGAUCCUGGGACAGACUCUGAAGGCCAGUAUGCGCGAGUUAGGCCUCCUCAUCUUCUUCCUGUUCAUCGGUGUGAUCCUCUUCUCCAGUGCUGUCUACUUUGCUGAAGCAGAUGAGCCAGAUUCCCAGUUCAGCAGCAUUCCUGAGGCCUUUUGGUGGGCAGUGGUUUCCAUGACCACAGUGGGCUAUGGAGACAUGGUCCCAACAACCAUUGGAGGAAAGAUUGUAGGGUCUCUCUGCGCAAUUGCCGGUGUGCUGACUAUUGCCCUGCCUGUACCUGUCAUUGUGUCAAACUUCAACUACUUCUACCACAGAGAGACGGAGGGCGAGGAACAGGCACAGUAUCUGAAUACCCCAAGUGUGCCUAAAGCCAGCUCAGCAGACGAUCUGAAGAAGAGCGGUCGGAGCGGCAGUGGGUCCACUCUCAGUAAAUCUGACUAUGUGGAGAUACAGGAGGCUGUGAACCACAGCACUGAGAACUUCAGACCAGAGGGCAUAAAAACAGGAAACUGUACACUGGCCAACACUAACUAUGUAAACAUCACUAAGAUGCGUACAGAUGUAUAAUGUGAGCUACUGUACAUGGUUAACUUCAGCUGGGGUCUGUCUGCAAGGGGAGGAUUAAGGUGUGACACUAUGUAUUGAAAAAUAUAUGGCACCCAGUAUUUGAGUCCAGAGCAGAUACGUGGGUUUAACUUGGAGAAAAGGUCAGUCAAGAGGACCUCUUGUUGUCUCAGAUCUUGUGGACCUAUCAGCGCAUAUCAUAGAGUGACCACCCAUCUUAUUUAGGACAUUGUCAGUGUCUGCAUGGAGUUAGUCUUACCUAUGUGACAGUAGUCACCCUGCUGGCAACAGUAGCCAAAUAGUAGCCUAACUAGUAAUAACCAAUAUUAACAGUGUUAAGGGACCACUAGUUUCUACCUUCUUGCUCAAACUGCUGCUGGGAGAAGAUGCACGAUAACAACAAUUUACAUCAGUGUGACAUUUAUUUAAAAAUGUAACUUAACUUAUUAACUUGUGAUUAAAAGCAGGCCAUAUUAUCAGCAUUCAUGAGCAACUUUAAUCUGCCGCUCUAACUGCCAAGGUCCUGACUCAGAGAAAAACAAAGUCACCAAGAUCACAUCUCUACUGUCAGGGGAAAACUGAAAUGCGCAAGAAGAGCGCAACAAUACGCUUUUGGACCAAAUGGUCCUUUGUUGCUUUCUCUGUCUGCCUGAGGGCCCUAGCAUUCAUCUCUUGGCCACUUCUAGAUAUGUCCAGUGCAAGCUAGUGGUUUCUGUUGAGACCAACAGAUAUAUGAUGUCCUGUGCUGUAUUACCGGACCAUAAAUAGCACACCUUUUUCCUGCCAUUUUUCUUCAAUGAAGCUCAAGUGGAUUUACAGUAAGAACACUCUCGCCAAGACUUUGCCUUUUUUUGUUUCCAGCCAAUGCAGGCUAGCAGGUGGACAAAAGAAAUGUCUCAGUAAACAGAAUGAAUGUUUAUUUAUUGUUGUGUAUUGAUUUGGUGUAUGUUUUUUUAGUAAUAUGAUGAAUGUGUGCUUCUCACCUACAUUUUUCGUUGAUUAAGAUACGUGAUGUAGAAAGAUAGUGAUUGUUUUCUCGGCGGCAUUCUGAGUGAGUGCCUAUUUCUCCAUCCUCUUAACUUUACCUAAAAGUGUCUCUUAAGCCGCCACCCUGGUCCACUGUAACAGAUGUACAGUAAGAAGUGUUCAGUUUAACACUGCCCAGCAUAAAUGUUGCUGUUCUUGACUUCAUAUCAUUCCGCGUUUGUAGAAAUACAUCAAAUGAGAUUAAGGGAGUAAACUAUAAUUACUUUCAACCAAGGUCAAGAUUUAUGGCAGCAAAGUUAACUUGUUUUAUGUAUAAGGCUUUUAUGGUACUGUAUUAACUCUAACAGUUUAAAAGGAUUUCUUUAAGGACCAACAACCAAAGACAGAGCACAGUGAUAAACUAAAAUGAAUCUAUGACACCUUUAAGGUCAUCGUUUCUCAUAUCACCAAUGCCAACUUUGUGAUACUCAGUCUGAUUUCCACCCAGGGAUCAAUACAGUAUUCUGAUUGCUGGAUAAGUGGCAAGAAGCAAUGACAUUUCUCCUCCUAAACAAUUGCUAACAAUUAUUAAACUUUGCCUGCUUCUGGAACAAGUUAAAAGUGUUGUUAGCUCAAUUAUUAGAUCACCAAAGACAAACUGCCACCUGGCAUUCUGUAUCCUGGGUUGUAAAAGAGAUUAAUUUUGUUCCCAGUAUUUGUUUUUCUUUGUGAUACUCAAUGCAGUUUAAGCAAUCAUUCCAUUGCCGCAUUUUGCCCACAUCAUUCAGGACCAAGGCUAUGUGUCCUUCAUCCGCUUUUUAUCAAACAGCAACUCUGCUAUUGUAGUGCUGAAUGUCCUUUGAAGUAUUCAUUGUAGCAUGAAUUAGUAUGAAUAAUAUUUAAAAAGCAAAUUGGCAUCAAUAUA